AUGUCGAGCAAACAUGAACGGAACACCGGCGAGUGGAAGGGCCCGCGGCGGCUUCCCUCCGUCAGGGAGAAGCUGUCGGGCUUCGUUCGGCGCGGCCGGGAAAAAGCAAAGAAGACAACGUUGUCUGUCUUGGGCGAGUCACGACAGGAGCGGCCGUCCCUUGACGAGAGCAUGAAGGCCUUGCCGCGGGUCCAGGUGUCGGAUUUCGGGACUUCAAGUCUCGAGAUUGACCUGCAGUCCCUCGAGGCUUUCCGCAUUGCGCCGUCGCAGCCCGCGAGGGGAGCAGAACAGGCGAGGCAAGUCAAGAAGACUUCUUCGCGGACCUCGACAAUCACGCCCAUUGCCGACAUGUUUGCCAGGAAGGCGACGACAGCUGCGCUCUCCACGGUUGACAUGAGAUCACUCAACAAAUCCUCGCCAUCACUACUCACAUCAGUCGCCAGCAGCAAGCCUGCCGAAGCACGACGCCCUGGCCAAGCUCCCUCCAUGUCGUCGAGGGCGGCAGCUGCACCAAGCACCGCAUCAAGCGUGGUAAUCGUCAACAGCAGCUCAACCGGCCAACCUCAAUCACACCCCUCGAAGCCAUGGCCACCACCAGAGACUCCUCGUGCAGCUGCAGCACCAAUUCGCACCCAAUUUCCUACGGCAUCAACAUCGAAUUCGGACCAGCCCAACAAACUGCCGCUUCGCGAACCGCCACGACGCGCCGCCUUCGUGCCGGCCUACGUCCUGUCACGGGCCGCCCCUAUCGUCACGCCAGCAGAGCCUGUCAUUAGGCCCCACCACCAAAAUGCCGACGCCGUUGCCAGGCAGCAACGGCUGCAGCACAACACGGAAAAGCGCCACUCGAAUCCCACAGGAAUGCCCUCGUCGUCAACGACAACUGCGACCGCUCCAGCGCCGAACAAGCUCCUCCUCGCAGAAAUCGUCAAUACAGACCGGAGACGGUCUUGGCAACCGGCGCCGACAUCGGUCCCCUCAGCAUCGGGAACACCCACAUCGUCCGGCCCACCAUCCGCAUCCGCCCCGUGGCGCGGUCGCGACCUCGAUGGCAGCAGCACCAAGAGAGCAUCGUCGCGUAUCGCCUCUGACCGCCUCGCCUGGAUCCGCGAGCUCGAGGAGGGCAAGAAGAAGAAGUCGACCAUCAAUGGCGAUCUCCCCGUCCUCAGGAACAUGCAGGGCAGUGUGGCGGACAAGCUGGCCAAGUUUGAGCAGCAGAAGCAGCAGCAGCAAAUGCAGCAGCAGGUCCCGCUCACCAGGUCCAACUCGACCAGGAGCCGUAUCUCGUCCGUCGCCGACACUACCUUCUCCUCGUACAACGGCCCGGCCACCGCCCGAUCGUCGCUCGAUACCUGCCGCACGUCCUCUGUUUUCUCGCACUACGAUGACUCGUUCCGCGAGAAGAUGGAGAUUAUCACGGGAGCUACCAACAAAACGGCCGACGAGGAGAAUGAAGAGAAGCCUGCGCUGAACAAGGUCACGUCUACUUUCGUGUCAAUCGAAAAGAAGGAGCCCAUCGCGGCACCUGUCGACCAGACUGCGGAUGACGAAGGCACAGAGAAGCCGGCCCUUGAAGACGUCGCGCCUGCCUCGCCGACAGUGGAGAAGAUUGAGCCCACCACAGCCGAUGCACCUAUCCCGGCGGAAGUUGAGAUUGAAGCGAAGCCUGCUCUGAUCGAGGUCCCGACUAUUUCUGUGUCAUCGGAGACCGAGAAGAUGGAGCCCACCACGGGUGAUGCUCCCGCUCCGGCGGAUGUCCCUCUUCCGGAGGAUGUUGAGGUCGAGGAGAAGCCCACCCUGGAGGAAAUCCCGUCAAUCUCUGUCUCAGCGGAGAAGAUGAAGCCCAUCGCGAUUGAUGCGGAUCUUGCGGCGGAUGAGGCAGCCGAGGAGAAGCCCACUGUGGCAGACGUCCCCACUGCCAUUGCGCCAGCCAGCGAGAUCAUCGAGCCUACUUGCGUCGACAAGCCUCAACCCAUCUGA